AAUCUUUGGUGUUUCAUGCUGAAAUUCCCAGCAAAGAGACCAUUAAAUGCUGCUGUUUCUCUGAAAACGUGGGGAAAUGGGAAAACCCAGAGGUCCAUAUUUCAGAUUUUGUGCUGGCUGCAUGACUUUGCCCUUCAAACAGUUCAUGGGGAUUUAUCAGGUGGCACAUCCAAAAAAAAAAAGGGUGAGAGAAUUGGAAAGGGCACCCCACAAGUGUCCAAACCCACAGCAGUAGGACCCAGCAGCACUGAAAUUCUCUUUUCACUUUGCUCUCUCUGCAGACAAAAAGCGCUGGCAUCCACAGGUGGAAGGAGUGUUCAAGCAGCAUGCGACUGGCUCUUCUCCCACGUGGGUGACCCGUUCCUGGAUGACACCCUGCCCCGGGAGUACGUCCUGUACCUGCGCCCCACCGGGCCCCUGGCACAGAAGCUCUCGGAGUUCUGGCAGCAGUCAAAGCAGAUCUGUGGCAAGAACAAAGCUCACAACAUCUUCCCACACAUCACCCUUUGCCAGUUCUUCAUGUGUGAGGACAGCAAGGUGGAUGCUCUCACGGAAGCCCUGCAGGCCACGGUGAUGCGCUGGAAAUGCAAAUUCCCUGCCCCGCUGCCCCUGGAGCUCUACACCUCCUCCAACUUCAUCGGGCUCUUCGUCAAGGAGGAAAGCGCUGAGGUGCUCAAGAAGUUUGCGGCAGACUUCGCUGCAGAGGCGGCUUCCAAAGCAGAUGUCCACGUGGAGCCCCACAAGAAGCAGCUCCACGUGACCCUGGCCUAUCACUUCCAGAGCAGCCACCUGCCCACGCUGGAGAAGCUGGCCCAGAGCAUCGAUGUCAAGCUGGGCUGUGACUGGGUGGCCGCGAUCUUCUCCCGGGACAUUCGCUUCGUCAACCACGAGACUCUGCAAGUGAUCUACCCCUACACCCCCCAGAACGACGACGAGCUGGAGCUGGUCCCAGGGGAUUUCAUUUUCAUGUCCCCAGUGGAGCAGACCAGCACGAGUGAGGGUUGGAUUUAUGGCAUUUCCCUUGCCACUGGCUGCUCGGGGCUGCUCCCUGAGAACUACAUCACCAAGGCGGAUGAAUGUGGCACCUGGGUGUUCCACGGGUCCUACUCCAUUCUGAACACCACAUCUUCCCCAUCCUUUCAAGCCUUUGCUGAUGGAGCUCUGGAGAGGAGGCAGCAGGAGGACCAAGGGCCAGGGGACGCUGGGCCGCUCACCAUCAUCUGCCAGAAUGUGCAGCCCCUGAGGAUAAGCAGCCAGCCAGGCCCUCAGAAGCGCUGCCUGUUCGUCUGCAGGCACGGCGAGAGGAUGGAUGUGGUUUUUGGGAAGUACUGGCUGUCCCAGUGCUUCGAUGCCAAAGGCAGGUACAUGCGCAGUAACCUGAAUAUGCCUCACAACUUACCUCAGAGGAGUGGUGGUUUCAGGGAUUACGAAAAAGACGCUCCCAUCACCGUGCUGGGCUGCACCCAGGCGAGGCUCGUGGGUGAAGCUUUGCUAGAAACAAACACCAUUGUAGACUACAUCUACAGCUCCCCAUCCCUGCGGUGUGUCCAGACAGCUCACAACAUCCUGAAAGGUAUGCAACAGGAGAACAACCUGAAAAUCCGGAUAGAGCCAGGCCUGUUUGAGUGGACCAAGUGGGUGUCUGGGAGCACCCUGCCAGCCUGGAUCCCCCCUGUGGAUUUAGCUGCAGCUACUCUGAGCGUUGAUACAACCUACAGACCUCAUAUUCCUGUCAGCAAGUUGGUGGUUUCUGAGUCUUACGAUACCUACAUAAGCAGAAGCUACCAAGUCACAAAGGAGAUCAUCAGUGAAUGUAAAGGCAAAGGAAAUAACAUCCUGAUAGUGGCUCAUGCAUCCUCCCUGGAGGCCUGUACCUGCCAGCUCCAAGGGCUCUCUCCUCAGAACUCCAAGGAUUUUGUACAGAUGGUCCGAAAGAUUCCCUACCUGGGGUUUUGCUCCUGCGAAGAACUGGGGGACACUGGUGUUUGGCAGCUCACAGACCCUCCCAUCCUCCCUCUCACACAUGGACCAACUGGAGGCUUUAACUGGAGAGAAACCCUCCUGCAGGAGUAGGGAAAACCCCAGCAAGGACAGCCCAUGGCCUUUCCCAGCGUUGGAGAAUGUCUCUUCUUCCUUGUGUUUUAUUGGCAGCGGGAAAAAAACCCCUCUUCAUCUGUCCAGCGGCUCACUCAAAGCACAUCUCACACAGCCACAGCCGUGCAGAAACAAAAUUUACAACAUUUGCAACAAAAGGGGCUGAUUUGAGGGGGGAAAAAGUUAUUAAAAUACAGCUUGGGGCUCUUGCACAGCCUUGAGGGUUGGUUUCCCCACCUUGAAGGGAGCUCUGGUGACACUUUCACUGCACCACGGUAGAAACACUGAGCCCUGUGUCAGGCAGGAUGCUGGGCUUGUUUUCUCACUGCUAUUUUUGCAAAGUGUCUGCAGGCUUGUUCAGCACCUCGUGCUCGCUCUGCUCCCAGCCCCCAAAGCCUCAGCGCCUCCCAGAAAAAUAAAAACGUGUCCCCAAGGCUGGAAAUGAGUCCAGCAUUGCCUCUGCAGGCUGCACCAGGGUAUUCCUCCCCUCUGAAUGAGCAGACAGAGGUGGGAGUGCUCCAGAAUGUGUUGGAUAUUGUGUGGAGAUUGGUUGAUGUUGAGGAAAAUCUCUGAAUCAGAGGAAAGUUCCAAAUUUCAUAUCAGUCACAGGUGAAGUCUGAGCAUCAGAAGUCAGUGCAACAAAAGCUGAGAGGAAUUUCUUUGAAGUGGAGAUAAAAGAAGCCUUUUCCAACCAAACCUGAGGGAUUUAAGAAGUUCAGAUUUGGGUUUUUAUUCCUUUACUUUGGUUAUUGAAAUCCACCUGUGUGCCCAGACACAGCCUAAAAGGUUUCUGCUGUUGAAAUUCCCUUCAAAAGGCUUUGGAAAAGGGGCUUCCCCUUUUAUACUGGGAUUUUUGUGCUGGCCAUUCACCCAGGAGUGUCUCUGUGUCCCUUUGGCAGCCCUGGUGAGAUUGUGCAGCCAGGUUGAUCCAGGAAUGAUGGGAUGAGAAAGCUGCUGGAAUUCAGCUGGAAUUCUGAGCACUUUGCUUCCUUACUGCCAUCUGUCUAAAAAACCCCCAGAACACUUCAAUUUAGGAACAACAUUUGAUGCUGUUUAUCCAGGGAGGGAAGGGUUGGGAUCUGGGGAAAGUGGGAGAGGAGGUUUCCCAUCCCUAACCAGGAUGUUUGGGAUCACGAGGGGGAUCCUCUUGGUGCCAGAGCCUGCAGGAUGCUCAAAGCAGCUGCACCCCAAAUUACACCACAGUGGGUAUUGAUAACAAGAAGAGGCAUCAGACCAGGGGUUUUUAGGAUCAGAAUUACCUAAAAUUAUCAACUUUGGGUCAAAAAGUAGCUGCAGGCACUUCAGCAGCGCAGGCUUGCUGCCAUCAGCUACUUAAAACUGGGUUUAAAUGGGAUGGAAGAGAUUUAGGCACACUCCUUUCUUGGUUUGGGCACAAUCUGAGUGUUCCCACAAACAGAACCAUCCCAGAAUGGUUUGGGUUUGGAAAAGACAUGAAAGUUCAUCCAGUUCAAUGAUGAAAUUGAAUUUCAUUUCUGAUCUCUGAGAUCCUUGCCAAGCUCUGCUCAACGCCCUCAUUGAAACGGGUGAGAGGCACAGAAGUCAGCCCUGACCAGAUUUGAUGUUUAUUAACCAUAGAAAAAUCAACUUUUGGCUGGUGUUUUGGUAGAUUUUCCCCUUGGGCAGGGCCAAACAACCAAGGAGUGAGAAACUGCAAUUCCCUCAUCCCCAAAAGAGACCAAACAAUUGGGAUGGAGCAAAUCCAAAGGGGCUGAGCUCAGUUCUGAGCUCGCCAGGGAGAGCACAGCACAUCCUGUAUUCACAGAAUCCCAGAUAUUCCCACAUUCCAUAGGAAUAUUCCAUUAUUUCUACUUUUAGGACUGUGUGACACACCUUAGGCCACUCGUAGGUGCUUUAUUAGAGCAGGGAUGGAACUGAAAAGUCAGGGAGAAAAUUUAGGACAGGGCAGGGGAAAAAAAAAAACCACCAAAAACCUUCUCCUGUGUGGUUUUAUCGCUGUCAGGUUAAUUUUUAUUUGCCAUUUAAACUAUUUUUUGGCUGUGUACAGACAUUCUGAAGAGCAUUUCUGGCUUGUUUUCCUCCAUGAAAAAAAAAAAAAAAUUAAAAAAAAUUAAAUAUUUGACAAUCAAACACACACAAAAAUUUUGGUUGCUGAGGCGUGUGAAUUCUCCAGAUUUUUUGUUUCAUGCCAGCAAGGUGCAAAUUGAGGCAAGAAAUAUUGUUAUAGUCUAAUAUUUGUUGCCUGUAGAAAGAGUGGAGGCUGCUCAGAUCCUGCUGGAGUUAAACACAUGAAACAUGAAACAGAGAGGGGGAAAAAGCUGAGUGCACAAUUUGAGUGGUGUCAGCUGCUCUUUGAUAUAGUAAUAGAGAAAAAAAUGUUCUGGUUGAGGAGGUAGAUAUUAAAAUACUCUUCUUUAAAUAUAUAUAUAUAUAUUUUUGGAUGUUUGGGAAAUAUUUUGACAAUUGUAGUAUUGUCUCGAAUUCAGUGUCAAGAAUCACAGGGAGAAAAAUCUUAUUUUCCUCAGAAUUUUCAGUUUUCUUGGGGGUUUUGUGUUAAGCAGUCUCGUGUUGAAAAGGCUUUUGGGGGGGGAAGAAAAGAGAAAAAAGUUGUUCCAUUUAAAUUUGUAAUUGAGAGGUUAAGAAAACAAAAGAAUUUCACCCCACUGCUGCUCAUUCCUGUGGAUUUAAUGUCUCUCCAGUGUUUUGACCCAGAACAUUAAACUUGAUCUCUCCAAAAUCUUUUCCUUCACUGUGAGCUGUGGCAGACCCCAAGUUUUAUUCUAACAGCUCUUCCCAGGUUUUUCCUUCUCUCCACAAUUAAGGCAAAAAGCUGCAAACCUGCCAAGAAUAAAUGGUUCAUUUUCAUCAUUCGCAAUGUAUGGCUUAGAAAAAGACAAGAAUUAAAUUAGCAUUACACUCAAAUCGACAGAGCUUUGCCUUUUUAUGCAAAAUGAGGAUCCAGACCGUGAUAACUUCAGUAAAAAAUUGGUAUUUCCCUUUUCACUCGGACUGAGCAGUUUCAGCCAGAAGCUGGCUGAGGCCAGGAACCUCCUUCUGCUAUUAAAUUCUAGUUAAUUUAAUGAGAUUUGUGAUUUUUAUCCCUAAAUAACGGCUUGGGUUUGUGGUUUGGGUUUGUUUCUUUAAAAAGAGGCACAGAGGAAACGAUUUUGAAGUCAUAAAUAGGAGUGCUUGGGAUGGAGAUGAAUGAACAAAAGAAAUGUCAUUAAGGGUGGCUGGGAUUGGCUGCUAAAUCACUUCUUGCUGCUCCUCACUUCCUCAAAUUUGCUCCCCAGGGAAUCUUCAUGACCCACAACAGAAAAUACUCAGCCAGUUCCUUUAUUGUGUCCCAUUAAAAUGUAUUUUCUGAACGUAUGAAAUGUAUUUUCUUUCUCUCCAUGACAUCUCUUCACAUUUGAUGUUAUCAACAGCUCCUUUUUUGUUGUUGUUGUUGUUUCAUUUUCAACCUGUUGUAUCAUUCUGUUUAUAAUGGUUUUUGUUUUUUAUUUAGUGUGAGCAGAUUGUAUUUAUUUGAGAAGAAAAAAAAAAAUGUUUGCUGUUUAAAAAAAAUCCCAAUAAUUGUAUUGCCAAAAAUAGCUGUAAUUACCCGUGACAUCUGUAUUUUUUUAUUUUGGGAGUGGGGCAGGCAGGGGGGGUGGGUGGUUGUUUUUAAUCUCAGUUUUGAGUGCUAACAACUGUUAAAACAACCACUGCAUUUUAAUUUGCUUCUCACAUUAAAUGGAAUUCUCAGAAGUCAGACAAAAAUAUCUCGUAGGUGAUUUAAUAAAGAUGCCAAGCACCCUUCCUAUUCCA